AUGAAAGUCUACACGUCCUGGACCGCGCAGAGCGCCGCCUUUCUGCUGGUCCGGGACCUGCUGCGCUCCUGGGGCUGCUUGGCCUUCCUCUUCGCGGUGCUGCCCUCAGAUCGGUACGGCGCCAAGAUCGGCUCUGUGCUUCUCAUCAUCCUGGGGGUGAAGUGCUUGAUCUGGCACACGGAGACCUUGAUCUCCUACAUGCGCCAGCUGCCAGCCUUUUAUGAGAGCGCGGCGCCCUGCUACAUUGAGGACAAGGAGACGGACUGCAAUCUAGGCGCCUUCACGAUCGGGGCAGUGUCCUCGCUGUACAUCAUCAUGCACCUCUGGCAGCUUCCAUACCUCGCCUGGGGCCUGCGCAUGCCCUCGAGGGCCACCACCGCAAGGAUGUGGAUCGGCCUGGCGGCCUUGCAUUUGACGAAGGGAGCCACCGACUUCGCAGUACUUCUCCCGGCGAUGGCAGUCAAGGUCUCUCAAGGACAGAAUGUGCACGUGGCCGUCAUCUUGUGCACGCUGGCGCAUGGGGUCUAUGGAAUUGGCAUGGGCGUGCUCUUGACCUCGGGCAACUUCCGGCGCUGGACGCACUUCCAGCUGAUCUCCGCCUCGGGGUCCUUCACCGCGGCCGCGGGCAUCGCCGCCUUCCUGGGGAACCGCUCCAAGGAGAAGGUGAUGGAGCUGGCUCAGCAGGCCUGCCGCUACAUCUCCGGAGACCAGUUGACCUGGGAGGACAUGGCAGGCUCGGAGCCCAACUCGAAGCUCCAAGCCUUGUCCACCAGCUGCUCCUUGCAGGACAUCGAUGCCUUCCUGAGCCACAGCUGGCACGACGCGGCGGAAAGCAAGUGGGAGGCACUGCAGGCUUGGCGUCGAGCCUUCAAGGUGCAGCAUCAGCGCGAGCCGCGGCUCUGGAUCGACAAGUAUUGCAUCGACCAGACUGACAUCGAGGCGAGCUUGAUGUGCUUGCCGGUCUUCUUGGCUUGCUGCCACACCCUUCUCAUCAUCGCGGGCAGCACCUACUUUGAGCGCCUCUGGUGCGUAGAAGAGGUCUUCGUGUACCUCCAGAUGCGGCGCUCAGUGAACUCCAUCGAGCUGCUGCCCAUCUCCGACGACAUGGAGGAGCGGGUGAACCGCUUUGACGUGCAGGCGGCCCAGUGCGUGCUGAACUCUGACCGCCAGAAGUUGCUGGCGACCAUCGAGGCGGGCUGUGAGAAUUACCGCGCCUUCAACCAGCAGGUCCAGCACGCUUUUCAAGUGGCGCUGAAGCGGGCGAAGUGGCCUUUGACUGUCUGA